AUGCGUGCUGUUGCUGCCCUUUCUGCUGCCGCCCUCGUCGGUGCUGCUUACGCCACCACGGGUGAAACCGUGACCGUUAGCAGUCUUCAGGUCACUGCUGUAAAUGCAGACGAUGGUGUCGGUGCCGGAACUGAUUCGUACUCCUACUAUACUGGGGAUGGCUCCACUGGUGCCGGUUGGCCUGACCAGUCUAAAUGGGUUUCCUUUAGCGAUAUGUUUGAGGCCAACAAAGCAAAUAUGCUUGUUGGAUGUGAAUGGAUGAGCGUCCCCGAUGACACCGAUGAUGAGAUCCAAGAACUCCAGGAUGCCAUCAACCAGGUCGCUCAGGAGACCUUUGUCGACCACCGCUUCAUCCUUGCAAUUGUUAUGCAAGAGUCCAACGGAUGUGUACGUGUCCACACCACCGGAAAUGGAGUCGUCAAUCCUGGGCUCAUGCAAAGCCAUGACGGCACUGGCACCUGCAACAGUGACGGGGUCGUUCAGACCCCCUGCCCGGAAUCCGAAAUCGUCCAGAUGAUUGAAGACGGAACUGCUGGCACUGCUGAAGGAGAUGGUCUUGCUAACUGCAUAAACAACGCUCAAACUACGGAUGUUUCUGCUUACUACAAAGCUGCUAGAAUCUACAACUCCGGCUCAAUUGCUUCUGAUGGAAACCUCAGCGAAGGAAAUGGUGCCACUCCCUGCUACGCAUCAGAUGUUGCGAAUCGCCUGACUGGCUGGGUCAAUGCUGCUUCUACCUGCUCCUAG